AUGGCUGAAAAAUUUGAAAUCCACGACGAAGAAGCAAAUAAUUAUUUCAAAGCGGGAAAACGUGAUGUAUUGCUACAUAAUUAUCAAUCAGCUUGUGAUCAGUUAUCAAAAGCAUGCGAUCGAUUAGUACAUGUUUAUAAUAGUGACACACAUAUUGAAUUAGCCGAACCGUACUUUUAUUUUGGCCAAGCAUUACUUGCCCUUGCACUUGGUGAACAAACAGUUCUUGGUGAAGCAGUUGCUCAAGAGGAAUCUGGUGCUGAUGAUGAUGAUGAUGAUGAUGAACAAUCGAGUGAUGAAGACGAGCAGGAAAAGACUGAUGGUGUAGAUGAAAAAAUGGUUGAUGGUAAAGAUGAAAAAACGGUUGACGGUGUAGAUGAAAAAACGGUUGAUGAUAAAACGAACGGUAUCCAUACAAAAGAAAAUGAGAAGGUUGUAACGAAUAAUCAUGUACCCGAGAAUGGUGAUGAAAGUAUGCCAGAAAAAGUGGAAACUGAAACGAAAGAUAAUCCAAUGGAAGAAAAUGACGAUGAUGCUGAUCCUCUUCCAGAUGAUAAUAAUAUGACAGAUUUACAACGAUCCUUUGAAAUUUUGGAAUGUUCUCAUAUGAUAUAUCGUAAAACAUCAAGUGAUGAUAAUCAUUCAGAUUAUGUUAAAUGUCGUUUAGCAGAUAUCCAUAUGAUGUUAUCUGAAGUUUGUAGUGAAAAUGGAGAUUAUGAUUCGUCUCGCGCACAUAUACAAGAAGCAAUCGAUUUACAAGAAAAUUUGGCUGAAAAAAAGAAUCGAUUACUAGCUGAAUCAUAUUAUAAAUUAGGUUGUAUCUAUGAGACAAUAGAAAAAUUUGCUGAAUCUGUUGAAUAUUUUGACAAAGCAAUCAAAUUUAUUCAUUAUACAUUAAAUGAUUCAACAUUGAAACCAGAAGAUAUUGAAGAAUUGAAACAAUUGUUGCCAUCAAUAGAAUCUAAACGAGAUGAUGUUAAAUCAUCAAUUGGAGAAGAACAUUUAAUUGAAGCAGCCAGAAAUAUUGUUGCCGGACAACCACUUUCUACUACUGCUAUUCCUGCUCCAGUUCAACAAGCAAAAGAUAUCACAUUAAAUAUUCGUCAUAAGAAACCAACAACAAAUGGUGAACAACAGCAAAAACGAUCAAUUGAUCAAAUAGAUAAUGGAGAGGGUGAAGAUAAAGUUAAAAAACUUAAACAAGAUGACUAA